AUGGCGGAAAACUCGAUCUUCCCUAUUUUUGACUCUGGGGUGGGCUAUGGGAUCAUCGUCGGGCUGGGCGGGCUUUUCGCCAUUGUCAUGACACUGACCACAUAUGCUCUACGUCGUUAUUUCUCCGAGGUCCAAGACUCUGAGAUGUAUUUGACUGCAAAACGAUCGAUUAAAGCUGGCCUUAUUGCCUCUUCGGUGGUGUCCUCAUGGACAUUGAGUGCCACUCUACUUACUUCUACAGUCUUUGGAUACUCUUAUGGUAUCGCUGCCACUUUUUGGUUCGGCGCUGGUUGUUCUGUUCCCAUUCUAACUUUUGCCGUCCUCGCCAUUGAGCUCAAAAGAAAAGCACCCAAUGCACACACGUUUCUCGAGCUCGUUAAGCAUCGCUAUGGAGCACCCGGACAUAUCGUUUUGGCCAUCUACUCCCUUAUUUACCAAAUUUUCAUCGCCGUCAAUCUUCUGGUUGGAGGAGCCGAUGUUUUCAACUUGGUGACUGGGAUCAACAAAGUUGCAGUGUGCUUUCUCUUUCCUCUCGGAGUGUGUAUCUACACUCUGUUUGGUGGCAUCAAGGCGACUUUUCUUACUGAAUGGGUCCACACGGUCAUUAUCUUCGUCAUCAUGCUUUCCAGCAUGUUCGUCAUGUAUUCAACCUCGGAACACGUUGGAUCUCCCGGAAGGAUGUGGGAGCUGCUUAAAGCUGCAGCAGAAGUUCGACCCGUUGACGGUAACGCUGGAGGCGAGUUUUUAACCAUGAGGAGUGUACAGGGAGGUCUUAUCGGUUUAAUCUUUCUUGGUGGUGGGUUUUCAGCCACCGUUGAUUCGCAGCUUUUCCAGAAAGCAAUUGCUGCUGACCCUAAGUCUACUGUUGCUGGUUACCUCCUGGGCUCGCUUUGCUGGUUCACUAUUCCUUUCUGCAUCUCAACCACGUUCGGCCUCGGAGGCGCUGCUCUCGAACAUACACCAGCAUGGCCGACAUACCCAACGCCCUUAUCUGUGGCCGAGAUCAACUCAGCUCUUGUUAUGCCUUACGUUGCAUACACUAUAAUGGGCAAAGGUGGGGUUGUGGCAGUCUUGUUGAUGCUGUUCCAGGCUAUCACCAGUGCAAUGAGCUCCGAAACUGUUGCGGUGACUAGCUUGGUAACUUAUGACUUCUAUCGCUCCUACGUCAACCCAACUGCGACAGGAGAGAGGCUGGUGUUCGUUUCUCACAUCGCUGUUGCUGGUUUCGGGUUGUUGACUGCUGGCAUUGCCGUCGGCCUCUGCUACGCUGGGUUCUCAGUAACAUUCAUUGUUACCGCAAUCGGUAUCAUUAUUGACGGUGCCGUGAUCCCAAGUGCAUGCACUCUUUUCUGGAAGAAGCAAAGCAAGUAUGCCAUUGUUUUGGUCCCCAUCAUCAGCUCGAUUGCCAGUAUUGGCACCUGGAUCGGUGUUGCGUACAAGCAACACGGAGUGGUGUCAAUUGCUAGUCUGUCGGACUUCAUACCUACAGUGGCAGGAAACAUGCUGGCGCUCACGGCUCCCAUUGUUCUAACGCCGCUCAUCACAUUCAUCAAGCCUGAGGACUAUGAUUUCGAGAAAUUCAAAGAACUAGAGCAGGUGGACGACAGCAGCUUUGAUAAGAAGGCACUGCAGUCGUCGGACGCGAAGAUCAAGACCGCCAGGGAGAGAACGGACGAGGAGCUGCAGAACCUUCAGCGUAUCGAGAAGCCAUUACUCAAGGCACGAAAUCUCGCACUUGGCGCAGCCCUAUUCAUUGCGAUCUCAAUGACCAUCCUGUGGCCCAUUCCAAUGUAUGGAUCUUCAUAUAUCUUCAGCAAAUCAUUCUUCACUGGUUGGAUUGUUGUCACGUUCAUCUGGGGUUUCUUCGGCGCCAUUGUUAUUACAAUCCUCCCCAUCUUCGAGAGUCGACAAGACAUUGCUCUGUUCUUCAAGGCAAUCUUCAAAGGAAAGAAAGCUGUUUAUCCUGAAACAUCAGGGUAG